AUGGAAAACGACGUCAACGCAGGCCAUCCCGAGCAGCACAUGUCUGUUCAUCACCACGUGGAUGACAGGAUCGACUUCAAAGGCAAGAAGCCGGCUGUCAAGAAGAGGACCAAGACAGGCUGCCUGACCUGUCGCAAGCGGCGCAUCAAGUGUGACGAAAAUAAGCCGAGAUGCAAGAACUGCAUCAAGUCAAAGCGCGAAUGCGAAGGCUACAACCAGAGAGUCGUCUUCAAAGACCCCAUGGGCGCACAGCAGGGCCAUUUUGCACCCGCCCUCUAUGCCGCCAACGCCCCGUAUCUCGGCGAUCCCUUGGCCUCCCACCAAGCGAGACCCCCUCACCAGCACCACAUCACCAGCUUCACCCACGGACAGCUGCCACCCGGAGGGUACCCCUCGUUGCCAAACCCACUCUUGCCUCUGAAUUUCCCGUCUGAUCACGAGCAGGGCCCUUUCGGUUCUGGCCCGCAGUAUGGGUAUACCCACCAUCAUCUGAACCUUGGUCAAGGACCCUCCAGCGCAAACCGUCCCCAUGCCAUUGAUCCUGCGGCCUUUGCCCAGCCUUCCAACGGCUUCUUACAUUCCCAGGAGAACGAUUUCCAUGGCCUACCUUCGGACGACGACGGCGACCUGGCCGAGUCCGACGACGAACAGCCGGACCCGCAGGCCCUGAUGGCCUCCGCGUCCUUUCACAUGGCUUGGCCAUAUCCUAGGGAUGGGACUCAAGUCAGAACUUUUUCAGCAUUCGCCCAGGAGCAGGCCUUGUACGAGUACAUGAGCUACGCGCCAAACUCUGAGCUUCAAAGCCAGGCGAUGCGAACCAUCUUCAGGCACUUCGUCACCGUUACCGGCCCGUCAAUGUCUCUAUACGACAGGGAUUGCUCCCAAACCGACGAGCCGGGCCAAUUUGACGCGAACGCGGAGCUGGGAAAUUACCUGUUCAGCUACAAGUUCCCUGUCCUUGCCUGGAAUCACCCAGGGCUGCUUCACGCCAUCAUGGCCAUCGCAAGCCUGCAGAUAGCCAAGCUCCAGGGAACUCCAGCGACGGAGGCUCUGAAGCACUACCACUUGUCGAUACGCAGGAUAGCCAAGAAUGUCAAGACGCCUCUGGGAAGAACCAAACUGUCGACUUUGGCCGCAACACUUUUGCUCGCCUACUUCGAAGUGUGGUCGUCGGAUCACACAAAGUGGUGCAGCCACCUCUUCGGAGCCCGACUCCUGUUUCGUGAAAUCGCCCUCAGAGACAUGUCGAGACUCUACCUGCCGGCAAAGAAAAUAAGGUGGCUGUCCACUGGUGGUCCGGGAAAGGACGUCGACUACCAAUUGCUGAGCACAAUCACCGGGAUGCGUGUGUCGGCCGAGGACUACGGCUUGGGAGAGGGCCAGCCUCUCGACGAGCGAUGUCUUUAUGUGACUGACAAGGACCUCGACGAUUACGACAUCCUUCGCGACCUAUUCUGGUGGUACGGCAAGAUGGACGUGUACCAGAGCAUAUUGGGAGGAACGAAACUUUUCAUGGGAUACGAGGCCUGGACGCAAUGCCCUCCACGGGCUCCCUUUUCCAACAUACACGCCGUUUACGGAACUUACGACCACUUGAUUCUUUUGCUUGGUCGUCUAGCAAACUUCACUGCCAGAGAUUUGGCCAGAAAACGCAAAGCGAACCGGACUCAGAGCGCAAACGCUGGCGCAUGCUCGCCACCCCAGUUCCCGGGCAUUGUGCCAACCCAUGGCAACUUCCGUGUCCCGUUCGGCUUCAGUCCCCCGAUGGGCCACUCUCCACAGACAGAUUCGAACGACGAUUCCGACGCUCUCCAGAGUCUAGAAGCCGCCGAGCAGGAGUGGGAGAGUAUCAGGCAAGGAUUCGAAGCCCUGGAGAGCCACCUAGGCCCUCAAUUCCAGGCCCUGAAAAGCGAGUACACGGAUCAAAGAGAGACGCCAUUUGGGUCAGCCCUGCAUUACCGCACUUAUUCGGUGGCAGGCAUCUGGAUGAACUACUACAUGGGCCUGAUCCACCUCUAUCGAAGCCGUCCCAACAUGCCGCCGGCAGCAAUGCAGGCAGCUCAGGUAGCCGCGCCUUCAACCGCCGGCUAUGCGAUCCACAUUGGCCGCAUCGCCGCCGGGCUAGCAGACGACUGCUCGCGAAUGCCCGACGUCAGUACCACGCUCGCAGCAGCGUUUAUUGAGAGCUCCUUUUGCCUUUUCGUGGCAGCUGUGCAGGCUUCACAGUUCCAAAACAACGAUCAACGAUGCUGGGUCAUUCAGCGCAUGCAUGACAUUUCGCGGCUUACCGGGUGGCAGUCUGCGAUGAAGAUUGCCGUCGGGUGUGAGUCGGCCUGGCUCAAGGCCUUCCAGCUUGGGCACGGCCCCGAGUACAAACGGCCGGAGCAUCUUGAAGAUGUCCCCGUCUCGGUGUGGCUGUUGCCUCGCCGCCUCGACGAGAGGAUUUCUCAGCAUAAUCAAGGGGAGGAGAGGCGGCUGACGCUCGUCAGAUCGGAGCAGACGGACCUGGCCUUUGGGUUGCUGGGGGUGGAGGGCGACUUGGAUCGCAUCCACCUUGAGGAUGAUAGUUGA